UCGAUGACUUCCAAAAGCAUAACGCCACUCUUUUUCCUAAAAUGUCCCCUUUCAAAGUUUUCAAUUUAGUUUUGAUUUCAGGAACACUGUUAUAUUUUCUUCUUUAUGUUCUUAUGAUUGGGCAUUUACCGCAUGUGCCAGUGGUGAAAAUUUAUUUUGAAGAGGAACCGUCAGAAGGUGAUUUAGCUUAUUUUCCAAGGGAUUUUACACACGAAACGUCAUUGAAUUUUGGAGCUGGAAUAAUGAAAGAUGACGGAUUGAAUUCUUCUUCGACGCCAGAACUUUCGGUGAAAGAUGAGAGAGCGUCUGAAGAAUCAACAGGCGAAAAGGAUAAUUCUGCAAAGAGAAGUAGCCUUCUUUCAUUUCUUGAAGGACUAGGGGUUCCUAUAAACAAGGCCCGUAUUUUAAUGGCAAGCGAUAUUUCAAACAACGUUCUUCCACGAGUGAAUCCAAACGGAUUUUCUUUGGCAAAAUUGAUGGAGAAAAUGGACAAAGAAUUUAACCUGGAGAGUGGUACACCGUGUCCCACCAGUCACCUAAAUUCAGGUAGCCAUAGUUGUUCCCUUCAGGGACAGACAAGAACACCUUAACAUAUUUGUAAGACACAUGCACAAGUAUCUCCGAUGGCAAAUGUUAGAGUACAGAAUCUUCAUUAUAGAACAGGCCGACAACGAGCGUUUUAAUCGUGGAAUGCUAAUGAACGUUGGGUUCAAUGAAGCCAUGAAGGCGGAUAACUUCACUUGUGUAAUAUUCCACGAUGUGGAUCUGAUCCCAGAGGAUGCCAGAAAUGACUACAGCUGUCCCUCAUCUCCACGUCAUAUGUCCACUGCUGUGAGCCGCCAUGACUACAUAUUAAAGUACAAGACUUUGUUUGGUGGUGUUGAAGGUUUUUGGGUCGAGCAUUACCGCCGGAUCAAUGGAUUUCCAAAUCGCUUCUGGGGUUGGGGAGGAGAAGAUGAUGAUUUGUAUGUCAGAAUCACAGAAAAGCGCCUGAGUCUCACUCGACCGGCUCAUAUGAUUGGUCGAUACACCAUGCUGAGUCAUUCACACACAGAAGGAGAAGAAAAUCCUGAAAGGCAUGAGGAACUUCGUAGAAGUGAGGUGCUUAUCGAUACGGACGGAUUAAACACGCUCGCAUACACUGUGAUAGAAUUCCAGGAAAAGCCGUUGUACACUCUGAUAUCUGUAUCACUCCAAUAGGAUAGAACGAAAUGGAAACAGUCGACGACGUACCAUGCUA